AAAAACCUAAAGGCUUUUGUCUUCCUCGUAAACUCAAACUCUCUCUCUCCUUCUCUAACCAAUAAAAAUACUAAAAUAAAACCCCAAAAUCUCUCUCUUAUUAUCACAUAAAUCUGAUUCAAAUUUGAAAGCCGUUUUUUAUUUAAUCUUUUUAGUUUUAACUCACUCUUCACUACACUACUUCUGUUAUGUUAAGCCCGCUUCUCACUCCCCCUCUCUUUGACCACCUCGGUCACUACACCACCACCAUCUUUUUUCACUCUUAACCAGCCCAAAACCAACUCAAAUUCUCCAUCAUAACCCUUAAACAUGAACCCAAAACUUGACAGUAAUGGAGACACUGAUCAAGAUCUCAGUAUCAGCACCAGUGUUAGCACCAACUUAAGCAAUGCUAGUAGUGGUGCUAUCAGUGAAAAGAGUAGUUUAGAUCCAAAUGAAGUUAGUUUCAGACAUUUUUGUCCUUCUAAGCCUCAUAAAGGGAAUGAUAUUAAGUGGGAUGCAAUCCAAUAUGUGAAGUGUAACAGUGGUAGUGAUAAAGAUGGGGAGUUAGGGUUAGGGUUAGGGUUAGGGCAUUUUAGGUUACUGAAAAAACUUGGGUGUGGGGAUAUAGGGAGUGUUUAUUUAGCUGAGUUGAGAGAAAUGGGGUGUUUGUUUGCUAUGAAAGUUAUGGAUAAAGGGAUGUUGGCUGGGAGAAAAAAGUUGAUUAGAGCUCAAACUGAACGGGACAUUUUGAGUUUGUUGGAUCAUCCAUUUUUGCCUACUCUUUAUUCUCACUUUGAGACUGAGAAAUUUUCUUGCUUGUUAAUGGAGUUUUGUAGCGGUGGUGACCUUCACAGUCUGCGGCAGCGCCAGCCCGGCAAGCAUUUUAAUGAGCAGGCAGCAAGGUUCUAUGCAUCGGAAGUGCUUCUUGCACUUGAGUAUUUACACAUGUUAGGUGUUGUGUACAGAGACUUGAAGCCUGAAAAUGUAUUAGUUCGGGAAGACGGGCAUAUUAUGCUGACGGAUUUCGAUCUGUCGCUAAGAUGCCUUGUGAAUCCGACACUCGUUCAGUCGAGCAGCGAGCCAUCCUGUAUCGAGCCAUCAUGUAUUGAUCCAUCCUGCAAAUUACCUGUUUGCAUAGAGCCUUCGUGCUUGCAACCAUCUUGCUUUAGGCCUCGAUUUUUCAACUCGAAAAUGUCAAAGACGAAGAAUGAAAAACUAAAUGUGUCAAAUUCGAACUCAAACUCACUUCCUGUACUAAUUGCAGAACCGACUAAUGCUCGAUCAAUGUCAUUUGUCGGAACCCACGAGUAUUUAGCUCCCGAGAUAAUCAGAGGGGACGGACAUGGGAGCGCAGUCGAUUGGUGGACGUUCGGAAUCUUCUUGUAUGAGUUGCUAUUUGGUAAGACACCAUUCAAAGGGUCUGGAAACAGAGAGACCUUAUUCAAUGUAGUAGGCCAGCCUCUAAAAUUUUCUGAAGGAUCAUCAUUCUCUGUUAGCUCUUCUGCUAAGGAUUUAAUCCGCGGUCUGCUCGUAAAGAAUCCGCAGAAGAGAUUGGGUUUCAAAAGAGGUGCAACUGAGAUCAAACAGCAUCCGUUCUUCGAAACUGUUAACUGGGCGCUCAUUCGAAGUACUCGUCCUCCUGAGAUUCCGAAACCGGUUGAUCUUUCAUCUUUGAAUCAUACAUUGGAGUCGUCUUCCGUGGCUAAGAACGACAAGGGAACCCCCGGAUCCGAUAGAUCAUCAGGUCCUUAUUUAGAUUUUGAAUUUUUCUAGUGAAAAUUUUGUAGAACUGUAGGGCACAUUAUCAUUUGUGUACUCAUGUUCUCAGUUUUUAAAGGAAAAAAAGAAGUUUCUUCA